UAUGAGCAUGGUGAAAUGAUUGGUCAUGUUAUUUACUUUACUUUUGUAGAUGUGGCCAUCUUUAAUAGCUAAGGCCAAAGCAGGAGGACUAGACGUCAUCCAGACCCUUGUGUUUUGGAACCUUCACGAGCCCCAGUUUGAUCAGUUUGAUUUCAGUGGAAGACGUGACAUAGUAAGGUUCAUUAAGGAAGUCCAAGCACAAGGCUUAUAUGUGUCCCUUAGGAUUGGACCUUUCAUUCAGGGUGAAUGGGCUUAUGGGGGUCUACCAAUUUGGCUGCGUGAUGUACCUGAUAUUGUUUUUCGAUCUGACAAUGAACCAUUCAAGUAUCACAUGUGGAGGUUUACAACCAAGAUAGUAAGGAUGAUGAAAUCAGAAAAGUUAUUUGCUUCACAAGGAGGGCCAAUUAUUCUAUCACAGAUUGAAAACGAGUAUCAAUUAGUAGAAGCAGGUUUUGGUGAGAAAGGUCCACCUUAUGUUAAGUGGGCUGCAGCUAUGGCUGUGGGGCUUCAAACUGGUGUGCCUUGGGUGAUGUGUAAGCAAAGUGAUGCUCCUGAUCCUGUGAUCAAUGCGUGCAAUGGGAGAAGAUGUGGACAAACAUUUGUAGGGCCCAACUCGCCAAAUAAGCCAGCAAUAUGGACAGAGAAUUGGACAAGUUUUUAUCAAGUGUACGGUGGAGAGCCAGACAUGAGAUCAGCAGAAGACAUAGCGUAUCAGGCUGCAUUGUUCGUUGCAAAGAAAGGAAGUUAUGUCAAUUACUAUAUGUAUCAUGGAGGAACCAAUUUUGGAAGAACAGCCUCUAAAUAUGUAUUGACAAGUUAUUAUGAUCAAGCCCCUCUCGAUGAGUAUGGUUUGAUUAGGCAACCAAAAUGGGGUCAUCUUAAGGAAUUACAUGCUGCUAUAAAGCUGUGCUUAAAGCCUCUACUUACUGGAGUACAUAGUACUUUCCAUUUGGGUCAACUACAAGAAGCCUAUGUCUUUAAAGGAAAUUCAGAAGAAUGUGCUGCCUUUCUUGUAAACAAUGACAAUGAAAGAAAUGCUACUGUGCACUAUGAGAAUUCAACAUAUGAAUUGCCUCCAGAGUCAGUUAGCAUCCUACCGGACUGCAAGAUUGUAGCCUUCAACACUGCAAAGGUAGGGACAGAAUAUACGACAAGAUCAAUGAAAGCAGACCAGAAUCUUGACUCACCUGAUAAAUGGGAAGAAUAUAAAGAAUCCAUCCCCAACUUUGACAAGACUUCAUGGAGAGCAAACACGUUACUAGAGCAGAUGAAUGCAACAAAAGAUAAAUCUGAUUAUCUUUGGUACACUUUCAGGUUUCAGCAUGAAUCCCUUGACACUGGAUUUGUACUUAAAGUGAAUUCCCUUGCACAUGUUUUGCAUGCAUUUGUGAAUGGAAAAUUUAUAGGAUCUGCACACGGAAGUCAUUCCAGUUUAUUUUUUGCCCUGGAGAAAAAUGUUUCUUUGAUUAAUGGGACAAACCAUGUCUCUUUACUUAGUGUCAUGGCUGGAUUACCGGGCUCAGGAUCAUUUCUUGAGAGAAGAGUUACUGGGUUACGUAGAGUAAGGAUACUAAACAAAAAUGAUGUCGAAGAUUUCACAAACUAUACAUGGGGAUACCAGGUUGGGCUGUCAGGAGAGAAAUUAAAUAUUUACACAGAACAAGGGUCAAGUAAUAUUCAAUGGAGAAGGUUUGGAAACUCUAAUCAUCAGAGACUCACAUGGUACAAGACUCAAUUUGAUGCACCCAAAGGAAAUGACCCUGUUGCAUUAAACCUUGGUUCUAUGGGAAAAGGGGAAGCUUGGGUUAAUGGACAAAGUAUUGGGCGAUAUUGGGUCUCAUUUCUUACCCCAGAAGGGAGUCCUUCACAAACAUGGUACAAUGUACCUCGAUCCUUCCUCAACCCUAAAGGAAACCUAUUAGUUCUAUUGGAAGAAGAAAAUGGGAAUCCUCUUGGUAUUUCUGUGGACACAGUUUCAAUAACAAGAGUAUGUGGGAGAGUGACUAGUUCAUAUCCACCCCCAGUGAUUUCAUGGGUGGGUCAAAACCAAACUAGAUCCAAGCAUAAAAAGAAACAUGGCAGAAGACCUAAAGUACAGCUUCGUUGUCCUCAAAGAAGGAAGAUUUCCAAGAUCUUAUUUGCAAGUUUUGGGACCCCUUUUGGUGGUGAUUGUGAAAACUAUGGGUUUGGAAGAUGUCAUUCUUCUAAUUCCAGAACCGUCGUAGAAAAGGCCUGUAUUGGAAGGAGGACAUGUUCCAUCCCCUUAUCAAGUAAAUAUUUUGGUGGUGACCCAUGUCCAGGCAUCCCAAAGGCACUCUUGAUUGAUGCGAUAUGUGAAUGAAAAUGAACCAUUUUGUACCAUUUGUUUUUAGGGAUCCAUGAACAAUCCAAUUUUCCACAGGAAAUGCCAUUUUUCAGAUUCGUGCAUAUAAAUUGGUAAUAACAAA